UAACAAACGGACUGAAAAAUAAAAAUUAAAAUAUAACAAAAUAUAAAAAUGUUCUAUUUUAAGUUAAUAACCACUCUGGUAUUGAUGAGUAGCCUCAUCAACUCCUCCCUUAGUAUGUCGGACAGUGAUAAAGAUAUAGACUGUUCUAUACAACGAAAGUGUUCCACUAAAGAAGAUAUUGUCUGGGCUACAGAUGAUAAGCAGUGUUAUUUAUUUAGAAACCCCUGUAUAUUUGCGAAUGAAAUGUGCUUGAGAAGAAAUAAAAACAAAGAUGAAUACAAAGUUGUUACUGAGAAAGAAUGCAAAAAGUAUUGUUAUGACUUCUGUACUGAGGAAUAUGCUGCGGUUUGUGGGGAGUAUGAUAAUGCGCACAAGACUUUCUUCAAUGAAUGUGAUUUUUAUAGACACAGUUGUCAGAAAAACGAAUCAUACAUUUUUCUACACGUUGGUGAAUGCGAUCAAGCCGUUGCUGCCUAAAACCAACAUAAAACUCAUUUGACCUCAAUUCCUGUUGCUCAUUGCAUUGGAAAUUAAAUUUAUUGUAAAUAGUAUUAAAUUUAAUUGUA